AUGGCUCCGAGAAUCCUUCUAUGCGGCGACGUUUUAGGUCGCCUAAACCAACUCUUCAAGCGUGUCUCUUCGGUGAGCAAAUCUGCAGGUCCAUUCGACGCGCUCUUGUGCGUAGGCCAGUUCUUCCCGGACUCACCGGAACAGUUGGAAGAGUUCACGGCGUUCAUCGAAGGCGGUUCCCAGAUUCCGCUUCCAACAUACUUCGUCGGCGAUUACGGCGUCGCCGCCCCUAAAUUUCUCUUGCAAGCUUCCAAGGACUCCGCCAACCGCGGCUUCAUGAUGGACGGCUUCAAGGUUUGCGACAACCUGUAUUGGUUGAAAGGCAGUGGCAAAUUCCCCCUCUUUGGAUUAUCCGUGGCCUAUUUAUCUGAGACACAGUUAGUUGGUUACAUUGGUGUCACUAAUGGAGCAGCUGCUUCGGACAUUCCUGCUGGAGUUUCUGAUGCUGUAGGCAGUGAUUCAACCAUAUCGGAGUUAGUACAAGAGAUCAAACCACGUUAUCACAUUGCAGGCACUAAAGGUAUAUACUAUGCCCGUGAACCAUAUACCAAUGUUGAUGCUGUGCAUGUCACCCGUUUCAUAGGGCUUGCUUCUGUUGGAAAUAGAGAUAAGCAGAAAUUUAUUCAUGCAAUCUCCCCCACGCCUGCUUCCACAAUGUCUUCAACUGAGAUUGCCGUGAAAACCACAAAUACCACCUUAUCGCCUUACACAUUUGUGGAGAAAAAAACUUCUCCAUUGGAUUCCACAAAGAGAUCCAGUGAUUCUAACUCUGAUGCUCAAUAUUGGAGAUAUGAUGUUUCCCAAAAGAAACAAAAACAUGAAACAAGACAUGCUGAUAAGAUGUGUUUCAAAUUUGUUUCUUCUGGAUCUUGUCCACACGGAGAGAAGUGCCAUUUUCAACAUGAUAUAGAUGCAAGGGAGCAGUGUAGGAGAGGUGUUUGUUUUGAUUUUUUGAACAAGGGAAAAUGUGAAAGGGGUCCAGAUUGCAACUUUAAGCACAGCUUGCAGGAUGAAGGUGACAGGCAUUCUUCUAGGAGGCCUGGCUCUGGCAGAUCAAAAGAAUGUUGGUUUUGCUUGUCAAGCCCAAAUGUGGAGACACAUUUAAUCAUAAGCAUUGGGGAAAAUUAUUACCUGGCACUUGCUAAAGGUCCACUUGUUGAGGACCAUGCGCUGAUAAUACCAGUUGAGCAUAUGCCUAGUACCUUAUCUAUGUCUACUGAAUCUGAAAUUGAGCUCUCUAGGUUUCAAAACAGUCUCAAAAGUUACUGCAGGAGCCAAGAGAGGGAAGUCAUCUUUUUUGAGUGGGCCUCCAUCCGUGGCACUCAUGCCAAUCUUCAGGCCAUUCCCAUUCCAUCUUCCAAAGCAGUUAUGGUUGAAAAAGUUUUCAAUUUAGCUGCACAGAAGUUGGGAUUUGAAUUUGUCGCUAAGACGUUUGAUAGCAUUUCUGAUGGGAGGAAGUUUUUGAGGACGCAAAUUGGUGGGGGUUCAAGCUUGUUCUAUGCUCAAGUUUCAGGAGGCACAAUUCUGCUGCAUCAUGUUGAAGAGAACGAGAGAUUUCCUGUCCAAUUUGGCCGUGAGGUUCUGGCCGGCUUGCUCAAUAUGGCAGAUAAUGCUGAUUGGAGGAAUCACAAACAUAACAAAGAUGAGGAAAUGAAAAUUGUUGAUGAUUUUAAGAGCCGAUUUCAAGAAUAUGAUCCAAACUGUUAA